AUGUUCACAGGUAUCAUAGAAAUCACAGCUCGUAUAUCAUCCAUCACUCCUUCUUCCUCCUCAUCAGGCUUCACACUCACUCUUGAUGAAGCCCAUGAAAUACUAGUCGAUUGUCACGUAGGGGACUCGAUAUGCGUCAACGGGGCGUGUUUGACAGUCACUGAAUUUGAUAUGGGAGCAGGAUGGUUCAAAGUUGGUUUAGCGCAUGAGACUUUACAACGGACUAAUUUAGGUCAACUUCAAAUCGACGAUAGGGUCAAUUGUGAAAGAGCCAUGUCUUCUCAUACACGUUUCGGUGGUCAUAUGGUUCAAGGUCACAUAGAUUCAACGGCCAAAAUCAUAUCCAUAAUCCCCGAUGGAAAUUCUCUUCGUUUCAAAUUCGAAUUCCCCCCUCAAACCAACCUCAUGCCUUAUCUAGUAGAAAAAGGUUAUAUAACUAUAGAUGGUGCUUCCCUUACUCUAGUCUUCGUCGAUGAUUCUUCAUUGACUUUCGGUAUAAUGCUCAUCAGUCAUAGUCAAGAGAUUUUAACUUUGAGUAAGAAAAAAGUCGGGGAGAGUGUGAAUGUUGAAGUUGAUAUUUUGGGUAAAUAUAUUUUAGGAGGAACGGGAAGGAUGGAAAGGUUGAUUGAUAAUAUUGUGGAGAAACGUAUGAAAGAGAAAGGAAUUAUAUGA